AUGAUAGAAGACGAAUUCAAUGACUAUGAAUACAAUAGCCAAAAGAAUAUCGUGCAAACAAUAAUCACAGUCUGCGUCCAUGGAUCGUGCUAUGGUAAGUUUAUAUAUGUAGGUAGGAACUUGAAGGCCAAAAUAUGAUAGGCACGUACAAACUUGCACAAAUUUAAUUUCGUUUUUCAUAUUAUACGAGUAUAUUCUAAAAUCUUAAGUUCCUUAAAAACAACCUAAAUAAAAGUGUUGCUAAUUUGGAAAAAUUAUUAUCUUAUUUUCAUUGAUAUUCAAAGAUGAAUAAUCAUAGCAUUUUCUAUACAUAGUUUCUUUGGUUUCAAUCCGUACAAUCCGAUGCAGCUCUAUUUUCUAUUUCCCUCUUUUCAUUUGUUAAUAUGAGUUGCAGCCUUGGUCCUUUAUUAAUUGUUGAAUGUAUUCCAGUCUUAGCCUUCCUCUAUAAUCCUUCCUUUCUAUCCUUCCCCUUAUAAUUAGUUUUAACAAUGUAACAAUCUCUCAUGUAUUGAAUGGCCUAUCCAUCCAUUCCGUCUUCUUACUUUAAUCUUCAAUAAUAGCUCUAGUCCUUCAAAUAUUAUUUCGAUUAUUUCUUUAUUGGUUAAACAACCAAUAGAUAAAAUAGCUAAUAAAUUAGCUGGAUGGGCAGAAUUGUGCAUUCAGCUUAUUUUCAACAUUCUCCUAUAAAAUAACAUUUCGAAUAUAGAUGAAUACGGCACCUGCGAAAUAUACGAUGAAAGACACUUCUGAAAGGAAAUUUUCUUGAGGUCUUGAUACUUUAGGGAGAUAAUUUUUCGAUUUUUUCAAGAGUUUUCUCAUCAAAUGUGAAAAACCGAAAAAAAAACCUGAGGAAAAACGGGAAAAUUUAUAAAAUAUACGUAUUAGUAAAAUAUUACGAUUUUUUUUCUAUGGAGAACUUUUAUAUCAUCAAUUUUGCUCAGAUUUACAAUGAUAGCACUUUUUCUGAAAAAAAAUCUUAUUGGGAAGGUACUUUAAGGAGCUCAUUUUUUUCAGGAGUUUUCUGAUCAACUGAACUCCAUUCAGAAUCCUUUUUUUAGUUAGCAAUGGAUUAUCGUUGCUUAUAGGUAUAUAUUAAAUUACCAAUAACAGUGGCUGCACCCGUUUCCAUUAUCCUAGGAUAGCUUUUUUUUAAUUUUUUUCUAAAACAUAAAAAUGUAAUUAAAAUAUAGAUAUUUGUAGUCCUUAUCCCUGCGACUUAUCUUUAUUAUCUCAGGAGAUAUUGCGAUGGGUUUAUCUUCGUGGGUUGCCCUGUAUACGUAUACAGAUGUAAUCAACAUUACCGAUACAAACAUACAAUUAAUGUACUCUUAUUAUUUCAAGGCCCCUUAGUGAACAUUUUUCCGACGAAGAUAUUGUUUGAAUGCCGACUCGGAGAAGACAACCCAGUAGUAAAAUCAGUAAACUUAGUGAAUAAUUCCAAAUCACCAGGACACUAUCAAGUGCAAUAUGAUAGUGUGAAUAGUCUAUUAAAAUGUAAUCCGUCGUUCGGAGUUAUCGAAAGACGCGUUCAGAUCAAACUGGAGCUGAAACACUGCCCAAUAGGAUAUUACUACAAGAGGCUGUAUGUACUUAUCACUAAUCACGUAAGAUCGAUAUAAUAUUUUCAUAAGAAUAAACUAUACCUAUUAUCUACGAUCUACUGUAUACUGGGUUUAUUUUUAGAAUCUGAAUAUAGCGAGAAAUGUAUUGUGUUUAACCAGAAUCCCACUAUUUUUGAUUUUUCAUCUAGUUUUCUUAAUAAUUGUGCAAAAAUUGGACAUAUUGCAAAUUUUAUUUAUGACAUUAGAGUUUCAUUAUUUUUGAUUUUGUUUUUCGUUGUAAACCAGUUAAAAUAAUGAAAUUUUCACAGAAUACUUUAUUUAUUUUUUUCUAGACGUUGCAAAAUUUUGAAACAGUGGUGAUUUUUAAGCUGUUUAUAAUAAAAUUGUAUAGAAUAGGAUCCAAAGAGUCUUCAGUUCUAUAUUUGUCUCUAAAUACUUAUAAUUUAGUCAUAUUAAGAAAAAGAUAUAAAUAUUCCUUAAAAGCUGAAUUCUAAUGCCUACAAAUUAAUCUAUGGCUUACAGAUGAACAUUAAACAUACUCAAAAGUCAAAAUUCUGUACCCAUCUUUUGUGAUUUGCCCUCUACCUAAAUAGUCCCAAGUAGUCUUAAAUUUUUAGUGUGUGUAUGCUUGAUAAAACUUAAAACGUGAUAUGUACUUUUCCCUCAAAUUUUAGAUUCUGAGUGGAGCGAAAAAGUUUAUGGUUUUACAAAGAUGUUUAUUUUAAUUUUUUUUUAUGGACAACUUUUCUACCAGAAAUCUUCUUCAGAUUUUUAAGUGUAGCAAAGUUUCUGAAAGUAAAUCAGACUAAGAAGGUACUUUAAAAAGGGUCAUUUUUUAAUUUUCUCAGUAGUUUUUCCAAUAAAUGGGAAAAACCGGUAACAAAUGUGGGAAACUAGGAAAAUAGGUACAAUAAUAAAUAAAUAUUAUUGAAGAAAUAUAUAAUGCCUAUGUAAUUAUUUUACCUUAACAUGGCAUAUAUAUUUUUGACAAAGCAAUUACACUAUAAACUGAACUUCGCUUUGAAUCGUUUUUCGUUAGCAAUGGCUUAACGGUAACUAAUUCUCGCCUACAACAGUGACUGCAUCCGUCUCCAUUAUCCUAGGACAGCUUUUUUUUUUGGACCACAAAGUAAAUCUUUCAAUGAACAUUGUAAGAUGUUGAAAAACUUUUACUCAGCCAAAACCAUUUUAUUCACAUAUAAAACAAAAUAAAAACUAAAAUUAUAUAAAAAAUUUCAAGUGCCCUAUUAAUAUUUUAAAAAUAACUUGAAUAUUUUACCACGUCAAGAAAAAGCUAAUACAAGUAUUCAGUGAAGGCUUAAGGUUUUUAUAUUUUUUUCAACUAAAUUAUAUUAAAAAAACAAAAUCGAUAAUUAAUCAAAUCGUUCUUUCUGAAAACGUUCUUGGUUUUUCUAAGUUUUUUCAGUUUUAACAUUUAUAAGAUCCAAAGUUCUACAAAAAUGUUCUUGUUUUAAUUGGAACAAGAUAUGUUACAAAACAAAAAAAAAAAUUAAAACUAAAAUCUAAAUCUAAAAAACAGUAUAAUAAAAUCAAUAAAUUUCUUACAAUACUAGAAUAUGAAUUGAAAUUUAGGACCUCAAAAUAAAUUUAGACAUGAGCAUCAGAAUUCAUAGAAGUUUUACUGGUUCUUUUAUUACUAUACUAACGUAGAAAAUGUUUUGGUUAAAAUAUAAAUAUUCUUAGUACUUAUCAGCAGUGGCGCAACUUGACUUCAAAUCUUGGGGAUGCUACAAUUAUAAACCGCUUACACAAUAGUGGGGGGCUCUCCCCACACCCCCCUAACAUUACAUAUUACCAAUAUUUAGAUUGUACUGUUAUUAUAUUCACAAUACCAUAUUUGGAGAAAAAAAGUUUAAUACAUUUUAUAAUUUAAUUAUAUUAAUAUUUAAUGUGGUUAACAUAAUUUCCUAUAGAUAUUUGCAAAUGUGUUUAAUAUUUCGUCUGGAACAAUGUCAUUAGCUAGGUCUCUCUCUAUACUUUAAAUACAUAUUUUACUAAAAAUACUAAACAAUACAAAUAUUAUGAAUAACGAAUAGCAAAUUUAAUAACUUCGCUAAAAGCUAAAACAAAUACUUACAAUUUCAAAUUUGAAACAAACAAUAUCACAACUUACAACGUUUAAAUCACGAUGACGAGGUCAUCAGUUAUCACUUAUUGCAAAUGCUGCCGACCGUCUAUGAUACAAGUACGUAUUCAGGAUCAAUUUUCGGGGGAGGGGGUUUAAAAAUAUAUUUAAUACAUGAAGUUGAAGUUGUGAACUAACUACUGUAACUACUGUUAUAUUAUAAAUAUGUACCUAUUUUAAAAAUUUGAGGGGGGAAGAUUGAACACUUAACCUCUUGUAUAAGGGCUUACUAUAACGUCCUAUCAAUAACUUAAUAUCGGAAAGUUUAUAUUUUAGUUUAUUCACUAUCAUAUCUUAUCAAAAAUAACAUAAAUUAUAAUCUGUAUGUAAGGUAAGAAAAAAAAUAACCAAAAGUAAAAAGUAUAAAAUAAAAUAAUAUUAUUAAAACUAUAGAUAUUUGAAUUUAUAAAGACAGUGAACUUGAGGGGUGCUUACAUUAUAGUUGAGGGUGUUUUCCCAUAGUUGCGCCACUGCUUAUCAGUCACAAUUGCUAACGACUCUUUAGUCUAUACACAUUGAAACAAUACACUGCUACUCAUUGCCGUGCUAUCAUUGGCACCCUAAGGCAAUAAUAUUUGGCACCCCUUUUAAACAUAUACAUAUUUAAACCUCUAAAAAAAUGCAUUGCUAUAAACUCGCAUUAACCUUCUUAGUCUAAUAUUAUUUAUGUUAUAAACAUUUUAUCCUAUAUUUCAGUUUCUAAGUUCCACGAGAAAUUUAUUGGUUGUAUAAAGAUGUUUUUUUUCUGUGGACAACUUUUCUACCAGCAAGUUGGCUCCGAUUUACAAUGAUAGCACUUUUUCCGAAAGGAAAUCGUGGUGAGAGAUGGGAAAGUAUAGUAGAGUGGAAAUUGAAUGUAUCUGUAAGCAACGAUAAACCAUUCUUGUAGAUAGGAUUUCCUUUUAUAAAAAGUGCUAUCAUUGUAAACUAUAGUGAAAUUGCUGGUAGAAAAGUUGUCCGCAGAAAAAAAACAUCUUUGUAAUACUAUAAGCUACUUUGCUUCACUCAGAAUCUAAAAUGUCAAUAACAAAAUUAAUUUUAAUUUAUGCUCAAUAUUGCAUAGAAUUUUUAAUAUAGGUUGCCAUAUGAAAAUAAAAAGUAGAUACAAUGGUUUUAACGCUAAAAAUAAAUGUUUCAAAAAACAACAUAAAUGUAAAAUUGUAGAACUGCUUGUUUCUUAAAUGUUCUAUAAAACAAAUUCUAAAAAAAGGUAAUACUUUUUGAUAUAAUGAGUGUCUUACGAUAGAGUAAUGUUUUAUCGAAGCAAACAUUUCUUGGAAUUACAUUACUUUAAACACUCAUAGACUUAGAAAAGUAAUAAUGAUAUCCCUGAAAUAAAAAAAAAAAAAAAUGAAUAAUUUAUGUUUAUGUUCGAGUAUUUUGUAUGCCCUGUACUUUUUAUUGUUACUAAAUGAAGGGGCAUGGAAGCUUUUUCAGCUUUUAAAAAUACUCCUGUUAAAGUUUUACUUGUUACAAUAAAAUAUGUGUGGAUUUUCAGCAUGGACUUCCUUUUGCAAUAUAAAUUAUCUUUUAAUUUGUGUUAAAAUUUUAAAUAAUACAUUGAUUUACAGUAAUGCAAAGGUAAAAUGUGAUAGAUAUAUUUGGAAUCCCUCUCCCCGACAUUUCUUCCUGCAUUCACCCCUAUACUAUACUUAACGCAUUUUAGCAUCCGGUUUACGUUGACGUGUACGCAAUUUCGAGUUCGGCGGCUACAGUGAAUCCGUUGUCGUGUUUCCAAAUGCCUUUCGAACUACCAGUUUUCGUAAAUAAUUUCGCGGAUUUUUUUAAAGACGUUAUUCAUCCCAUGCGGCCACACAGCUCUGUGAAACACCUCGUUGAUGUGUUUCCAAGAGAAUUGCAUUUCGGGUACGUGAGACACGUGGAAAUAAUGUCGUUUCAAGUGCACAAUAACACCGAGUCACCACUUUUCGUCAGCUGGAUAUAUCGCGGUAAUUACAACCGUUGAAAUAAAUGUAUAGUAUUAUUCCGUAUUAUUAAUACUUCAUGUAUUCCGUAGAACGUCUCCUAUAGUAAAAAUUACUACACUCACGCAUCUGGAGAAAAUAUUUAUGUGGCUACACGCUAAAGCACGUUUUCACUUGUCAUGGUUCGCUAUUCAUUGAAAUUCAUGAAUAGUGUGUACUGUGUAGGGCUUAUUCGUCAUUCGUAAUUUAUCAUUCAUGGCCCAGAACAAUUCAUGAAUUAUUCGCUGUCUAUCGCUCCGAAGGGUGCUUAAAGUAUAAAAUCAAAGAGCUCUUCUAAUCAUGAAUCAAAAAUAUACACGAAUAUUGAGUAAGGCUUUGAUUGUAAAUAAUAAAAACUGACGAAUUUGUAUGAAUCGUGGACCGUGAAUUAUGAUCACGAACACGUGCAUAGUGUGUAGUUAUCUGAACGGUUACAUCAUAGAAAUAUAAAUAAUAUAAUAGACCACGAAUAGCGUGAGAACUAUGAAGCCAUGAUAUGUAUGAGAGAGAAAGAACCAUAAGACGUUGUCUCAUAGAAGAGAUUAAUAAAACAGUUUCUCCAGUGAUCAAUAAAUAGUAAUCAACAAUAAAACAUGUUAUAAAUAAAAUUAUCAUAAACAACCAGACAAUAGAAAAUAACGGUUUAUAUCACUAAUAAAAUGAACGGUUCUUAUUAGUACCUGUCUGCUUGAAAUAAACGACACAGUUACCUUACUAGAAAAAAUAGAUAGCUAACAGAAAUGUAGCUAGGAAUUUUUGUCUGGGUAUAAGCUAAAAUUAAACAACAUAAAUAUUUGUAUGAGACUACUAAUAAAAAUGUUAGAUUUUAAAAAUGUGUAAAUUUCGGAGAAAAUUGGCCCAGGCUUACCAGGCCUGCACGCUGCUACGCCACUGACGGCUAACAGUGAGUUUUAGCCAUAACAGUUGUUAGGCAUACUUAAUCCAUGCCGCUGCUAUAGCUGUAACUAGCAACUGCUAUCAAUUUGAGGAAAUGUUGAAAUAUAAUAUAUUAUAUUAUUAUGUCGACAUUAAAUCAUUAAAACCUAGCUAUAUAUUUUAAAACGGUUAGGGUCUGAUUUACAAUAGUAGUUUAAACUUCAAUCGUAGUUAAAAUCUCAGUCAAAUAGAUUAGACCGUAUUACUCAUUUCCAUGAGAAAAACAAAACCUCUUCGUAGUCUGUCUCUACCACACAUAUGUUGACUUCAAUCAUUAAUACACGUAAUAUGUGUUAUUCACGGUCUAUUAUAUUAUAUGUUUAUGGAUUACACUAAUCCCGUUAAAAAAUUAUUAAAUUAUUAUUCAACAGAUCACGGCCGCGACAGGCCGUUCACCAUGGACCCGAAACGAGUUUGGGUAGGUGCCGGCAGUACAAAAACGUUACAGUGCAUUUUUCGGCCAAAAACUGUAUCCAACGUUUAUUUCGCAGAGUUCGAAAGUACCUUCCACUUUGGCCCGGAUCGAUCGGCUUCUAUUGAUGAGAAUAACGAUGAAAUCCCGAAUACUUACGUGGCCACCCCGAUGAACAUUUCAAUAAUCGCUAUGGGUGGGUACUAUAUAAAUACUUACCAAUAUACCAGAGAGUAAUAUUGAGACGUCGUAAUAUAAUCUCGGCAAUAUAAUUAAUUUAAAACCGUGAGAUUUUGUACAGUAUAUAUAUUGUACGUAUUGUACAGUAAUAUAUUUAAUUAUUUAUUAUGCAUUAACUGUUAUGUGUUAUGUCCGAGAAAAAAAAUUGUUAAGUAUAAACAAAUCUUAUUUUAAUGUGAAUGUUAAUUUUUGAAAUUUGAAGUUAUUUUAUUUUUAAAUUUUGAUUUAAUACUUUGAUGGACUGAUUAAUAAAUGAUCAUGGGCCGUAGUUGGUAACCACUAGAUUAAAUAAUACUUCAAAAAAAUCAACACGAUUGCGUAUGAAUUUGUAUGCAACGUUGUCAAAUUUAAAUACUAUAUACAAUACAGUACAAUAAUUAAGUCUGAACUACAAAAAAUUUAAUAUUAUUACUAACACAAUAAUAAAUAAAUAAAUAAUAAUCGUUAAAAAAUGAACUAUUUCAAAAUACCGAAAUUUUAAUUCCUGACCAUCUAUAACCUUCUACUUUUAAAUAUUACAAUACAUUUUUUUAUUGAUUUUAUACACGUUAUGUACAUAAAAUAAAUAACAUCAUAAUAUUGUUAUGAUAUAUUUUAGGCCAUUCGUUCAAAGAACCUUUUAAUGGAUGGACACCAAAAUGCAAACUCAGUAGCCGCGUAAUAAUAAUGCCACCCAGCGUACCUGCUUCUGAGCCUGUGUACGCCACGUUCCUCAUUAAAAAAGUCGUUCAAGUACCGACAACGUUUCAAUUUCGACCGCCUGAUAAAUCGUAAGUUAUAUUAAAUAUGCUCACCUAUUCCAAAUAACCUAAUAUAUCUAAUAACAAUAAUAUAAAUUAAAAUCUAUACAAAAUGGCGCAGAAAUGUAGAAUCGCCAUUCUACAUAAAGAUAACUAAGUACAUAAAGAUGUGCAUAUUUCAUACUAUGGGUGGCCCACCAUUAUAAGUAAGAAGUUGAGAAGGUAUAAUAUAGAGAGGAACCAAGAAUUUAAUGUAUAUCUAUAUUCAAAGAUUAAUCAUUGCUAGCGAAAAAUUAUUCUUAACGAAUGGUUAUACAUGUUUUAGAUGGUUACUAUUUUCGUCAAAAUUUGAUCUUAAACGCUUUAAAAAAAAAAAAAAAAUGCAUUGAACUAAAAUUUGUUUACUAGACCACCAAAUACAUUUUAUAACGUACUUCAUGUUAAAUUUUCAAGCGUUUCUAAGUCAUAAUUUUAAUAACAAAUAUCUACCAAUAAAUAAAUAAAUAAAUAUAUAGCCUUAAAAUAGUUCGAAUGUUUUUUAAAUACUUAUUUUUCUGCGUUAUAGACAAAAGACUAUUACAAGUAUUUUGUGAAAAUUACAGGUCUCUACAAUUAUUUUGUAUCGAAUAAUAACAAAAUACCCAAAUGUCGCUUUGCCGUAUUCCCUACAGUUUUUUCCAGUUGUUCGUAAUAAUUAGGAAAGAUAUACUAGAAAUCAAAUGUCAAUUUUCUUAUUCAAAAAUUAGACAAAAUUUUCUAUCCUUAAAGUUCGGAAAAAUAUUUCUGGUAGAAAAAUUAAUCAAUUAAAAUUUUAAAUAAUGAAAUCGACGCACUAUAAUUUAAAAAAAUCGUGUUCUUAGUCUUUUUUGGAUUUUCCCUAAUUAUAAUGAAAACUACUUUAGAUGUCCUAAAACGAUUUUCUUUGUAAGUGGCUAGAUAGUAAAUGAAAAAAAAUCGAUCUCUUGUCAUUGGAACAAUAUUUCUGGUAGAUAACAUAGUUUGCAAAAAUUAAAAGCAGUGAAAUCAUUUUAUUAACAUAAAAUUAGAAUAAAAUCAAAUAAUAAUUCAAAACUGCAAAUUUAUAUAAAUUACUUUAAAAAAAAAGCUAGAAAAUCUAGAAAUUCAAAAAUUGGAAAUAUUCCAGUUAAAAGCAAAAUACAAUGAAUAGGUGUAUCAUAAUAUUUAUAUAAUUGUAGGAUUUUUUUGGUGAAACCAAAGUGUGGACUGAUAAAUGGCGAUUAUCAAAUUGUUGUAUUUCAAUUGACGAAAACGACUACUAAAGAGUCACUGUACGCCGAACGAUGGAGUAUAGUGUUUGACGAUUUUGACAAUAAUUCGGUUAUAAAACUAUAAUAAAUGUCUAAACACAAUCACGAUUAUAAAAAUUUAAAACAAUAAAAUCUCGAUUCUAGGUUAAUAUAGACAUUUAUGCCAGUGUAGAAUUUGGAUGCGUCGUGAUCGGCGAGAAAAAUUGCAUCCACAUUCCGAAUAGCGUUCAAGUAGGAUGUGAAAUUGAUACACAAGUACCGAUUAUUAACAUGACCAGACAUCGCCUUCAUUAUUACAUAUAUAUGUACGACCAGCAACCUAAAUCUGAUAUAAAAUCAUCCAGCACUUCUUUGUCAUCAAUACGUUUUCACUACGAAAGAUUAGAAGAAACUGAAGAUGACAGCAAAGAAACCGAGGAGAAUAGCGAAGAAACCGAUUAUGGAAAUACCAGUGAAUUCGAUCACAAUAAUGCCAUCAGUGGUGUAGAACUUAAUAACUCUAAAAGUUCAAUCACACUAAACACUUAUUCUACAAUAACCACUAUAGAAUCCACACAAUCUCUCAUCAACGUUUUAAAAAAUCGAAAUAGUUCCACAAAAAUUUCGAACCCCGAACAUUCGUCAUUUGUAUUUAAAUUUGAUAAACUUACGGGUGAGUUGGGACCAAAUGAAAAAAGUUAUUUGAAAUUAACGUUUUGUCCAUUAAAACGUGUGUUGUACACGGUGAACGUAAAAUGUUAUAUAAUGUGUAAUAAUUUUCAAGAAAUAAUAAACAUACUACCCGUGGUCUUAAAAGGAAGUGGAUGUAAAACACAAUUAGAAGUAAAUAUAUAAUCUCGUCUAGUAUUGACAAAAUUAGACUAAUUAAAUAGAUUAAAUAAUAUAUUUGAUUCCUCACAAAUAUAUAUACAACAAUUCAUUCGAAUCGACAUUUUCUUAUCACUUUCACAUUAUUAUCAUAAUAACUAUGAUUGCUAUUUUAUCAUGACAACGUGAGUAUUUAAUGUACCUAAAUUACAUACUCGUAAUCGAUAUUCAAUCCUUUCCAGUAAUUUAGAACCAUAUGCUAUACAUAUAAAGAUUUUAGGGGAGGAUACAAAUAGAGGUUUAUGGGGGCUGAAGCCCUCUAUUCCUUAUGUAAGUAGUUUAAAUUUAGGAAUAACUAAUAGGUUCAAGAUUAUUUUUAAUACUAUUAUAUUUAUAAUAUAUAUUAUGCAUAUUAUAAAAUCAAUGUUAAUACUUACUAGAGGCCAAUAACAUUUUUUUUCGAUAUUCUGAUUUAUAUUCCCGAUAUAAAACCGAUAACCGACCCGUUAACUAUUUUAUUUCCAUGAACUGAUAUAAAAAAAAAACAUAAAAACCGAUGUAACAUAAAAAUUAUGUGACCUAUUAAAACAUAUUAGAUUUCUUCAAGGAUAGUUAAUGAUUUUUAAUAUUCAUUCAGUUGAUUAAGUGGAUAAAAAAAUAUAAUAUAAAUAUAAUAAUAAUAUAAAAUUCUAAAAUAUUCAAAUAAUCAAACUUGAAAUUACUAUACUAAAUAGUAAAUAAUAAAUAUUAAAUAAUUAAAAAUAAUGUUUACUAUGUUUGUCCAUAGACCUAUUAACAGAAUGCCUACAUAAUCGUGUCCGCAACAUAAAUUAUUCCUCUCAGAAGAAAAAAUUAUUGUUCGUAACUUUUCUUCCAUGGAUUUUGAUAUUCCGCUUUAUUAUAAAAUUUUAGAAACGUACAAAGACAAAUAAUAAAAACACAUUUUUUUUUUAUUUUUCAUUCUUUUAGUGCUUUUGCUUUAAUGAGUACAGAUCUAAUUCUUUGGUGUGGUUGUGACAUAUUUGUAUUACAGUGAUGCAGACGGAUUUAAAAGUACAAUUUUAAAAUAUUUUUGAUUAAUUGAAGUAGAUGAAUGUUUUUAUAUCAAUUAAUAAACUAGAAUUAAUUGCAGUGAGUUCACUUUUACAUAUAUUGCAAUUUAUAAUUUGUUUUAUUUUCUUAACAAUAAAACCACCUACAUAACAACAUACGUAACUGUUUAUUGUAAAUUAUUUAGAAGUAAAUCAUCGUUAUUAGAUACGUCAUCACUUUAGGCAUAUCAUAACAUAUCAAUGUACUCAUUUUAAAUUUCAUUCUCUUUCUUUAUGUUAUUCAAUACAAAUAAUAUGGUCGUAAUAUCUUGUGGCAGACAAUUAGUACCAGAUGAUGUCAUCAUUUCCGAAUGAAUUAAUAUUCGUUUCAACUUGCCAAGCAAUUCCAAACCAUCAUUAAAUAAAUAAUAAACUAAGUUAAAAAAAAAGAAUAGUAUUUCUAUGACAUAUUAACGGAGCAUCCCGAGCAUCUUAUCUAUCGUAAAAUUAUGAUUGUUAUUUAAAUCAUGGAAAAAUAUAAUUUGUUAUUAUUUUUUCUUCCAUAGGGAAUAGUUUUUCUUAUCACAUGAUCAAUUUUAUUUUCUUAAUUUUGCGAAACCAUGUUAGAAAUCUGCCACCAGGAGCGUGCGCAUUAGCGGCUACUUUUCGUACUCCCGGCUUAAGUCCUCGGUGUUUGGGGUAUGGACAGGAACAUAAUUUAUUAUCUCAUACGCGGUUUUAUUGUUCACAUCGCGUCAACAUAAAAUUAAUUGGGCCGCCACAGUUUUCGUUUGCACCUUGUGCCGAAUACAUCUCCGCGCUCCGUUCAACGAAAGAAAUAUUCACGAAAUUAUUACAAGCUUAUUUUUAAAUACAUAAUUCCAUUUAGCUAUAUAACCGGCCUUUGUAUAUUUGUUCGCAAAUAAUACAUAUUCUAUAGUCUGUCCCAGGAGAGAACGGUCCGCUCUCUGACCAAAUCGAAGCGCUACUGCGCAUCCCCACGCCGCAACACUAUCCAUUUAUCCCCUCCCAGAUCUAUCGACAGCGCAGCAACGGCGACCGCAGAAGUGGUGCAGGUUUUGUACACUGCGUUUCAAAUAAUGCACUGUUGACUGUCAAUAGUCCACUGUUUAUCGCCAAUUGCCGUGGUGUACGCACGCGUCAUUUUUACAGCGUUUACUUUUUUGUACCGUUUGGUAAUUUUUACUUUUUUCUCCGUUAUCAAAAAUAAAAUAAAAUUUAAAUAUGACAAAAAUGAUAAAUUUUAAUUUUAACGAAAAAAAAAAUGAAAUGUUUUAAUAUAAUUAUUUAUUAUUUAUUAAUUAUAUAUCUCUGUAUUAUACCUACUGUAAUAUACCUACUGUAUUAUACCUACAGUGUUCAAUAAGAUAUUAAAUAAAUAAAUAGGUAUACAAAAAAAACAAAGUCUGGAUUAUUAUAGAAGGUGCUUGUAUAUACGAUAGUUUACGAUUUGAAAAAUUAUCAAGAGGUUAUAAAACAGCAAAGGUAAAUAAACGUGCGAUGCGAGAUGUCUGAUAAUAACAAUUGAAUUUCUACAAAAUAUCCUAGCGGUGUAUAGUCAAAAACCAACGACGGAAGAAAUGACAAUCGGCUGCCUUCGCUGAAAUCAAGUUAUGUGGAGGGGGAAAACAUGCGCACAAGCGGACCGUUCUCUCCUGGGACAGACUAUAGGUGGCCAUCGAUAAUAAUAUUUUUUUUUAACGUUUAAGUGGAUAGGUACCUAGCGUCGUAUCGAUCACACAUAUAAUUCAUUGUUAGAGUACAUAUAUGCAUAUGUAAUCAUUACGGUCGUCAAUAAAAUUAUCAUAGUAUAAGGCCCCUUUCAAAUUAUACGUUUUUAACUGAACGAUAAAAAAUCAAACGGUAAAAAUCCGUAAUAUCCUAUAGGUAUAUUUGGACACAAUUUUAUAUACUAUUUGUUCUAUUGCUAAAUUAAUUCCAUAAAGUGUUUUACCGUAUGUGUUACGGCAAACCUAGAAUAUGUAUAAAGAAUAUAUAUAUAAGUUACGGAAAAUACACUAAAUUGAAUGUAUUCCAAUUCCAACGCUGGCAGUCACAAUAGCUUUAUUGAUUGGUAUGUCAUCCACUUCUUUCGGACUCGAUUUUUGUAUUUUUAUAACACAUUUCCGAGGGCUGUAUGAAUGCUUUUUCUAUUAUUAUCACCACAUUCCUCAAUAUAUCUUCUAGAAAUUAAACAUUCUCAAAUGAUUCUAACUUUUAAAAAAAUAAUUUUUUCGAAAAAAACAACCCUCAAAAGUGUUGUCUAUUUUAAUUUUCAUAAUAGAUAUGUUUUUUGAAAUCACUCCAGACAGAUUAAUUUGCAAUUAAAGUGAGCAUGUUUUACCAUACUCAAAAAUUAGUGUGAGAUGUCUUUAUAUAAUGUAUAUGAAACGAACGAUUGAUAAGUGUAACUUGAACCUUCUCAAGCUGCGACAAAGAUACAAGUGCCAUCUAUUAUUAUUAUACGCGAACUAGAAAAUGGCCAUUGAAAAAUGUAUAUUUCGCAUUUUGAAAAAUAUAAGAUUAUUCUAAAAUUACUAUAUUUCAUCCUUACUUAAUUAUAUUUUAAUUUUUAUUAUACGAUUUCAUUAAAUUCAAUUUAUUUUAAUUAAUUAUUAUGAUUUGUUUAGAUAAGUGGUGUAUUGAAAAUUGCAUAUUUGGAUUAUAGUUCUGUAUAUGAGAAUGAAAUAAUAGUUUUCAAAAUAUUUCUUAUGUAUUUUUACAGAAUAAACUAGCUAACUGAGAAGAAUACAUUUUUAUAAAAUUCCAAUAUCCCCACCUGUAAAUGCACCACUAUGUACCCUAUGACGAUUUCCUAAAUAUUCCAUUGACCCCAAUCAAGCGAUUUAUUCUAUAAAAUACAGAUCUAAGGUAAUUAGGUAAUCAAUACCUUAGUAGUAUGUGUAUUAUGCUAUAUUCUACAACACGUCUACAAACAACAAGUAACUAGUACCUAAGUAGGUAAUAAAUUCAUUGAAACAACUCACCAAACUACUUCUUAAAAAUAUUAUUCAUACGCUUCUGCAUCUACGAUAUUUUAAUAUAUAAUUAUACUUAUUUUAGAUAACCCCGGCCAAUUGUAAUAUAAAUAAUGUAAUAGUUAAUACAGAAAAAACGCAGCGAUUUAUCAUUGAAAAUAAAAGCCAUUCAUAUGCAAACAUCAAAUUUUUAAUAACGCCCAUGUACUCAACAAUUUUUUGGGCUAUACCGUCUUGUAAAAUUAGUCUAGAAACUUUUAAAUUUACACCUCAAAAAAGUCAGUGUGUACGUUAACAAAUUUUUUUCUUUUUCAAGGAGUUUAGAACAUCAAUAUUUAAUUUAUAUUUUUUUCUUUUAGAAAAUAGAUUUAUCUAUUUAUCCGACAGAGUUGGGUAUUCAAAAAUUGUUCAUCAAUGUAAAAUUUGAUAACAAUAUAAAGUCACCCAGUUCAGAAAUUGAGAAUAUAAUAACAAUUUCAAUGAACGUAACAACCAGUAUAUUGCAAAUAUCAAGAAUAACUAACGAUUCAAUACCUUAUUUUGGCAAAUUAACUUUGAACAAACUUUUUCAUUCCAUAAAGUAAUUAAGUAAAAAAUCACGUACAAAUAUAAAGUUACCUAUAUUUAACCAAUAUGUUUUACAGAAUAAACAAUGAACUAAGGAAAGCGUAUAAAAAUAUAUCACCAAUAAUUUGGACUAUACCAGUAAUUUCGGAAUCAACUAUUUAUGAGUUUCAAUUUAAUAACUCAUCAAAAGUCCCUAUUAGUUGGGCAUUUAAAUACAACAAAUGCAUGCAAUGUACAUCCAAAAACAACAUUAAUAACAAAAAUAAUAGUAAAAGGACCUAUGGUACCCUUGCUAAUAAAUGUGUGCACUAUGGAACUAUUCAAAUUUGUCCAACAGCAAACUUAGAAGUAAUUUAAAAUAUUGGUCAUAUUAAUAAUACAGUAGAAAUCGGCUACAACGAGUUUCAAUGGCCACCAAAUUAUUGCUCUGGUUGUAACACUUGUAUCCAGUAGCUCAUUAUAUACGGUUAGACGAAACUUGACGACAUAAUGAACUCUGACACACAAUGGCAAUACUCUUGAUUAUUACAUUCUUGAAAAUGUCAGAACUCAUAGAAAUUAAGUUUAUAUAUAACAUACAAAUAAUAAAAGCGAAAUACAACGAGCAGAUUCAUCUAAUAGCAAAAAGAUAACUACCGACUCGUUAUAAACAUUGACUUUAUACUAUAGUACGUUUUACGAAAUUAGAGGCUGAACUGUAGCGCCAUCAGUGGCCAAAAAUUUGAAUUUCAGUGUCAUUCAAACUUUGCAAUACUUAGUAUACCGAGCGGCAAUUUAAUUUACGUGCACUUUUUAGUGCACAUAUUCAGUAACCCUACUGAUUAUAGAUCACCAGUCGCAGUAGCCGAGUCUCUAAUUUCAUGAAACGCAAUGUGAUAGACUAGUGAUCUGCAUACCAGUAUCAUUACGAGAUUCGUGGAAACAUAACGCAGUGAUGUCCGUCUUGACAGCAAAUGUAGCAUAUUUACAAUUAUUAUUGUAAACUCGCUGCGGCCGGGACAGUCAUUCGCAUCUUCCUGGACAGCGCUAUGCAGGGUGUUUACCCACAAUAAAUGUUUAGGCUUACCAACAUAAAUAAUACAUAAAUAUUAUUAUUGUUGUACGUGAUACGAGUAUUAUAUGUAUUUAUCAAUCUAGAAGCAUUUUUCAAUAUUAAUUAUCUGUUUUUAUUUUUAUUUAUUAUUAAUUUUAAUUCAAUUUAAUAUAUCUAAUAUUAUAUUAAUUAAACAAAUUUAAUGUAAUCCAGUAGGUACAUAACAUUAUAAUUUUAUUUCAUUAAAAUAAUACUUUUAACAGAUACUGCCAGGGCAAACGUCAAACAAAAAAAUUGUAUACAAUUCGCACGGUACCGUAAACUGGUAAAUGAGUAAAAAAAGAGUGCUCUCUAUCAAUCCACGCGCUAACUGUAUGCAGUUUUAGUCUAUUAGUAUAAAGUAGACGCGCGUAAAACAACCGAAAAUUAAUCAGCCGAACAGUAUUUCAGCCGAAAAAUAUUUAAGCCGAACCGUAUUUAAACAGAAAAGUAUUUGAAUCGAUAGUAUUUUAUCCGAAAAUAUAACAACCGACUGUAAUAAAGAGAUAAGAUUUUCUGAUAAUUUUAUGAUCGGUUUAAAUACGGUCGGUUGAAAUAUUUUCAGCUAAAAUACGAUUCGGCUGUUUUAUAGUCCCCCGUAUAAAGUCAAUGGUUGUUAUAACUGAAUACUUUUUUAAUAAUUCUAUAUAUUUUACUCGUUAUAACCAAGGUGGAUUUCACUUUGAACCAUUCUCGUAAAUGAAUAUUUUAACCAUAGGCCUUACUAUAAGACACGAAAUGAUUACACACCGGGCGAAUGAUAGAGAGCGCUUUUCAUUGAUUAAUUGCCUAUAAAUUAUCGUGCAUACUAUAAAAGUAUAAUAAUAAUUAACCAUUACCUAUAUUCUGAAUGAUACCAAAUAUACUUAACUGCCCGAUGUCCCAACAUAAAAUUAUGAGUACCUACGACCCACUUAUUAGCACCAAAUACAAAUUACAGUUAAUACCAAUUAUAUACAAUUAUUCACUGAAAAACCGUUGAUUAUGUGACGUGUACAGAAAACGUACGAUAAUUUGCAUUAGUGUAUUAUUGUAAAAUUAGUACACCUGGUGUCGAGGUAGUUACAUCACUGCUAUAUGUUUCCACGCAGCUCGUAAUGCUAUAGUCCUGCGAGUUUCGUGUGUAUUAGUAUAAGGUCUAUGAUUUUAACAUACAAUCAUAUGGGCUCUUGCCAGGACCCUCUUGCCAGGUUUUGCUCAUUGUAAGCAGUAUCUCGUUCUGAGCUAUGCUCGAUGUAGUGAUUUCUACUGUAUAACAUUCUUUGGAAUUUGAUUAAUAAACUUAAACUAUUUAAAUCUAAUUAUAUAUUAUGUAUUUAUAAUAUAUUUAUACCUAGUGAUAAAAUAUGUUUGUACUCAUGUUUUAACUAGUUUAGAAUAAUUAUUUUAUACUUUUUGAUGUCUUAAUAGGAUUAUUAUUUCUCUAAAUUGAUGACAAUUUUAACAUUUCAGAUGGAAAAUUUUUCAAAUAUUCAAAUUAAAUUAAAUAAUAUUGUAAAUACAGAGGAAGUUAAGUUGAAUUAUAAAUGGUCAAAUGUGAUUUGUAAAACAUUAUCCUAUGACACUGAAUUGUUGUUGGAAUCCAAAACGUUCAACGGAAAUCUGAUAUCAUUUGAUACAAAAUAUGGAACAAACGGACACUUAGAAUUUAAUUUUAUACCAAUAUUUAUUGCUCAUCCAAAUCCACCAGCACAAGUUAAUUUUUAAAGUAUUAUAAAUUAAGUAAUGCAAAAUAAUAAUAAGUUAUUUUUUGUGUUAUAAUACCACUUUAAAGGCUUUUUGGAUGUACAACAACAAUAAUUAUCAAGUAAAAUAUUCAAUUAUUGAUGAUGACGCAUUAUCUCCUGCUUAUCCAUAUUUUUGUUGUUUAAACUCUUGUGGAAUAAUCAAUGCCAAAUCAAUCCAUCCAAUUCUCUUUGUAUUUGCACCCAACCAACUAUGUAAAUUUGAGGUAAGUUUGAAAAUAAUAUUUAAAUCAACAGAAAAUAUUUAAAAUUAAUAAGAUAUUAAUUAAUAUAUUUUACAGGCUACUGUAUUUUUCUUAUCAAAUAAUAUAAAAAAUCAAAUUAAUCUUUACGGAUUAGGUGAAUCCUAUAUCAGAACUAAUAUUUUUUUAGGGCCUGGCUUAUCAUCAUUUUUACCUGUAAAAAAUAAUAGACAAAUAUUUUUAUCAACAGAAAGUAUAAUUCUUAAACCAAUGUUUACAUAUUCAAAUGCAAAAUCUGUAUUUUGUCUCAUUAAUAAUAGCAAUGAAGAUAUUAUGUUUGAAUGGAAAGAGUAUGUUUAAGAGAUAUUUAAUUUUUUACAUAAUUUAUUAGAUAAUACACAUAUUAAUUAUUUAAUACUUAAAUGUAUAAAUUAGAUGUAUGGUGGAAAAAAUAUUAAAUGCGACUGUAACGCCAAUUAAAGGAUAUUUAAAUCGAAAUAGAAGUCAAUUAUUUGAAAUAACUGUUAACAGUUAUAAACAACCAGCUAUCUUGACAAUAAUGUUUAAUGUUACUUAUAAACUAGUUUCUCAAACUGAAAAUUAUUACCAGUCAUUAAAAAACUAUGCUAUUAACAAAGAAAAGUUAAAUGGAGUAUUUAUUAUAAAAGAAUGUGGCAAUUAUAAACCAGUAAGACUAUUACAAUAAUACUAUAGGUACAAUAUAAUAUGAUGCAUAAUUCAUAAUACAACACUGCACUAUGAACUCAAAAAGUUAUGCAUUUUUGUUUUUUGAUUUAAUUAAAUUUAUCCAAAUUAUAGGUAAUACUAAGAAAACUUUUUAUAUCAUAAUGUAGAUGCUACAUACAAAUACAAUUAUGAGCUGUGGUUUAUGGUCUUCUUAACCAACCUUAUUAUAAGUAUUUUAGCAGAAAAAAAAACUGACAAAUUUCGCAUAAUGGGUGGGCUAUAUUUGUAGGUAAGAAGUUGGGAAGGUAAAUGGGAAAUUUACUGUAAAUUUGUACGCAAUUAUUAACCAUUACUAAUGAAAAACGAUUCUGAUCGGAGUUCCAAAAAAAUUUAAAAAUUGGAAAAAAAUUUCUGGUGGAAACAUUUUUCACAGAUCUUGCUCUGCUCAGAAUCUAAAACUCCUACCAAUAGAGAAUAAGGAACUGAUUUGGUUUUUUAAGGUAACACGACUCUUGUUAGGUUUUAUAUUUUUUAUUAUCCUUCAGAAAUUAAACAUGAAAAUAGAAGAUGAACCACAAGAAAAAAAUUUAGUUUUGUAUGUCUAUGUUAGAAUAAAUGAUAAAUUCAAUAACAAAUGGAUAGAUAAAGAAAAACAUAACAUAAAAAAACAUAAUCCUCAACAACAGAAACAGAUUUCAAAAUCAAAAGUACAAUAUUCAGUUAACUUCCAAAAUGUUUUAUGGUAAGUAUCGAAAAUUAAUUUCAUCAAAAAAAAUGAUAUUAACUAUGUUUAAGUAAAUUAAUUUACUAUAAUAUUGGGUGAUAGUCACCAAUAAUAUACCUAUGGUUUUCUUCAUCCAACACCCGUGUAUACUAUCGUAUAAAUAUUUGUUUUAAUAACGGAUGUAAUGAUAAUUCAUUGUCACGAAAUAUGAUUCUGAGUGGAACUCGGCUUAAUAAUUUUUAAUAAUUAAUUUAUAUAUUAUACGGCCGUAAACACAAUUUUCAUCAAAACGACGAAAACAAAUAAACGCUUUGCGAGUAAGCAUUAUAAACUGGGAAUAAUUAUUAUUAUAAUUACCUUUUCAAUUUAUUAACAAUCAACGGCAAUUUAAUGGUUAUAGAGGAGAACUAAUAGUGUUAAGUACCUAUACAUGAGAUAAAUUGAACAUUUUAAACUAUUUGGACGCAGAUACGUAGAAAAUAAGAAUAGUUUAUAUAGGAGGGAAUUGAAAUUAUAGAUAAUUUAACUAAUCCAUAGUUUAAAAUUACAUAGUAUUUUUAUGAAAUGUGAAUAUUAAAUAUUUUUACUAAUAGUUUUAAAACUAGAAAAAAAACUAAAUUAUAUUAAUCAUGAUUUAUCUACUAUAGGUCUAUUGUCAAUAACAUUUGCUCAAAAGAAAUUGAAUAUAAAUUGUUAUACUACUAUCAGUUGAGAAAUUCACAGAAUAAAGAUCAAAGAGAAAUGUCAAAGACAACUAAAAAUAAUUUGGAAGUUAUUUUAACAACAAUGAUUAGAGACAAUUUGAUUAAUAUUUAUCCUUUGGUUAUGUGGACGAUUUAAUAAAAUAAUUUAGUUACAUAUUUAAUUAUUAUUAGUUAAUAAUGCUUAUAGUUUACAUAUUUUUUGUUAUAUUAGGUUAACUCCAGAAACUUGACUACUAUAAAAUACAUUUUGUAGUAUUAGUAGUAACUGAAUUUUGACAUCAUAAUUAUUUUAAUGCUUAUGCUGUCAAACAUUCUCUUUUAACCGAUUUCGAAAUCAAUUUUAAAUACCGGUUAAAAAAUUACUUCCAAUAUUAAAAUCAAAAUUGAAACCAUUAAAAUUCAAAGUCAAUUCCCAAUAAUGUCAUUAAAACAUCAAAAUCGAUAAAAAAACAAAAUCUAUUUUUAAAAUUGAAAAAAAAAUGAAACAGAUUUCCGAAAUUGAAAUCGAAAUCAGAUAGGUAAAUUAAAAACUUAUUUUCAAAAUGGAAAACAAAACCAAGAAAAAAACAAAAACUGGUUACUUUAAAAUUCACAGAAAAUUAAUAAAAAAUAAAAUCAAGUAACUAACAUCAAAAUUUUGAUUUUUAUUUAUUUAUUUAUAAGUUUAUUAUAAUUUCGUAUGGAAUUAAAAUAUUUUUAGUCUUAUAUUGAUCAUCGAUGACCUGUUGCAUGAUUGUUGACAAUUAGCCAUUUUUAGGAAAGAACAUUAUUAUUUCGAUAAAAUUAGUCGAAAACUCAAACAUCAUAUACCGCAGUCACAUUAUGAAUAAAAUACAAUGUAUGUACAUUGUGGCCCGCAGUCUAUUGUGGCUACCGGUCCGUGAACUCGUUAAUUGGACUCUCGACCAAUGGAAGACUGUGCUCUAUUCGAAUGAAACAAAGGUGUGUCUAUUCAGCAAUGACAAACGAAGGAAAGUGAACCGAAGGCAGAGCGAACGGUUUGCAUAAGCCUGUAUUGAGGAGACAGUAGAGUAGGGGGGUGGCUAAUACAUGUUCUGGGGCGGCAUUUCCAUCUAUAGCAAGACCGAGCUUGUGUGCGUUUCCUGGACUGGUGGUGCUCGAGGACAAGGAUCGAUACAUCACAGAGAUCUUAGAGGAGCAUGUGGUACUAUAUACGGGUUUUGUUAGCGAUGAGUUUAUACUAAUGCACGACAAUACUCGUUCCCACACCGCAUUAAUUGUAACGAAUUAUACGGAAGAGGUUGGGAUCCCUGUUAUGAACUGGCCAGCGAGAAGUCCAGACCUAAACCUAAUUGAGCACCUCUGGGAUGAAUUAAAAUGAAGAGUGCGGUCAUAUGAUCCUACCCCAACAACCCUACAAGACCUUCAAGAUGCUGUUCUUGUGCAAUGGAUGAGUAUUCCUCAAGAACGCAUCGUACGAUUCAUAACAUCCAUGAAAGAUCGUAUGGAAGCAGUAAUUAAGGCAAGAGGAAGUAGCACUAAAUUUUAA